AUGCUGAUAACAAGAUCAGCAGCACGGCUGCGCUACCCGGCGUGCGGGUCAAGAGCGUUGUCGACCUCGACGGCUCUACUCUCCGACAAGAAACGCAUCGCCGUCCUGGGCGGCGGCAUUUCAGGCCUCACCUCCGCCUACCGCCUCUCCCAACAGCUUCCCAAUGACCGCUACGACAUCGUCCUCUUCGAGAAGCAGAACAGACUCGGCGGCUGGAUCGACUCAGAGCGCAUCUCUCUCUCAUCGACCGAGACAGAAGCGCUGAUCGAGAAGGGGCCACGCAGCAUCCGACCCGCCGGCUACUCGGGCCUGAUGAUGCUGGAGCUCGUCCGGUCUUUGGGGCUGCUAGAGCGCAUGCUGAAAGUUCCCAAGACCGCGCCUUCGGCUCAGAACAGGUAUCUGUACUACCCAGACCGGCUCGCGAAGCUGCCAAGUAGCAUAUCUUCGCUCCUCUCGGCGCUGGUCAAACUGCCGUUUCUACGAUCGAUCAUUCCCGGGGUGCUCCGUGAAGCACGAGUCCCAUCUCGUUUUGCCCGCCCACGGUCCGAGUCGGCCUCUGAAAAGCAACGACUACAGCAGAGGGAGUGGAUCGAGGACGAAAGCGUCGACUCGUUUGUCUCGCGUCGCUUCGGGAAAGGGCUAGCGGAGAACCUGAUUUCCGCUGUGAUUCAUGGGAUCUACGCGGGCGACACAAGGCGGCUCAGUGUGCGAGCGGUGUUGCCAUUCCUAUGGGAGGCGGAACGCGUGCACGGAGGCGUGCUGCGGAGUAUGCUGCCGAUCAAGAGAAACAAAAGCCAUCGUGCGCUGCCGGCACAAGAGGCGGCAGUGAAGGCGGCGAAAGAGGAGCGGCUGCAGCAGAUCGAGAAGGAGCUCGGGAAGGAGAUUGUGGACAGCUUCAAAUCUGUCAGCGUAUAUAGCUUCCCAGAAGGGGUACAGGAGAUCGUGCAGGCGUUGGAAUCGCGUUUGGCCGAGAGCGGGGUACAGGUCAGAAAAGGCGAUGCCGUCCAGUCUAUCGUGAUUGACGACGCCGGCAAAACACUGUUGCGGACGGAGAGCGGGGACACUAUCGAAGCGCACCGAAUCAUCUCCAGCAUUCCCUCUUCGCAGCUGGCGGAUCUCCUGCCAUCCAAUGCAUCCCUCCCGCAUCUCAAGCACAACCCUUCGGCCAACGUAGGCGUCGUGAAUCUCGUCAUCUCCCCAAAAGCUGUCGCCUCUUCCAGCAAGCCCCUCGUGCCCGUCGAGGGUUUCGGCUACCUCAUUCCACGCACAACACCAGGCAACGAAGAUGGCAUCCUCGGCGUCGUCUUUGACAGCGACGCGAUCCCUCAACAAGACUCCAUCGACCCCGCAUCACGGCCCGUCAAGCUCACCGUCAUGAUGGGCGGCUCGCACUGGUCGUCCCUCUCCACCCUUCCCAGCGAAGAGGACAUGAAGGCGCGCGCGAUCAACGCCGUCUCUUCGCACCUCGGCAUCGACCGUGCGCUGCUCGAAGACGAUUCGAGAGUGACGGUCAAGGCGACGCUGCAGAAGGACUGCAUUCCGUGGUACCUCGUCGGUCAUCCGGUGCGGAUGUCGCAACUGCACUCGGCACUGGAAAAGGACGAGUCGCUGGCAGAAAAGCUAACGUUGGCAGGGGCGAGCUACACAGGUGUCAGUCUGAAUGACUGCGUCGCGUACGCUACUGAGGCUGUCGAGCAGAUUGUUGAUGCGGAGCUGAACGGUGGCGAUCGGGUCGUCACUGGGCUUCGAGCAUUUGCCAUUCCACCCAUCGCGCCUUCCCCAGCGUCAUCCAAGAUCACCGCCGAGGCUCGGAAGGGCCACCCACGACCGACUACAGCGCCGCAAGGUCUGAUGGGACCCACCACCACACCAAUGCAAUUCGCCGUCGCGCGUGGCAUCCACACUCGGUCCUUCUCCUCCUCCCUCCGCACCCUCAACUCCUCUCCUCCCUCCUCCAUCCUUCCCACCUCCUCCCCUUCUCUCAACCCCAAAUCACCGAAAUCGCUCAACGACAUCCUCCUCGACAGCAUCCGCGCCUCGGGACCCAUGCCCGUCUCAACCUACAUGCGAACCUGUCUGCUCGACCCCAUGCAGGGCUACUAUUCGUCCGCCAACUCGCCCACCACCUCUCGCGAAGUCCUUGGCAGUCGGGGUGACUUUAUCACCUCUCCCGAGAUCAGUCAAGUGUUUGGCGAAUUGGUGGCGAUCUUCUACCUAGCUCGAUGGCAGGCCCUCUCGUCCCCCUCUUCGACGCGCAUCGUCGAACUCGGCCCAGGGAAAGGUACGUUGCUCGCAGACAUGCUGCGAACCUUUUCGACCUUCCCGGCGUUCAUGAAGACGCUCAAACGCAUCCAGCUGGUGGAGACGAGUGAUGGGUUGAUGGCGCUCCAGCUUGCUGCGAUCACGGAAGCACUUGCUGUGUCCAACAGACGUGUUGUGAGCGCCGACGAAGAUCCGGGUACAGACGGUGUGGUGGUGGAAUGGUUCCCAUCCAUCGACAUGCUCCCCAUCCUCCCGGACGAGUUCACCAUCCUCACCGCACACGAGUUCUUCGAUGCGCUCCCGACACACAUGUUCGAAAAGGGUGCAGACGGGAAGUUCCGCGAGGUGAUGGUGGGCAUCGCACCCAAAUCGGCGAUCACCGUGCUCAAACCAGGCCAACCUGAGGAGCCGAAGAAAGAGGAGCUCGGGUUUGUACUAGCCCCAACACCGACGCCGUGGGCGCAGAUGUUGGUGCAGAACAACCCGCGGUUUAGCAGUUUGCAGCCCGGGCAGCGGGUGGAGGUUUCGCCGGAGGCGUGGGCGGUAGCGAGGCGGGUUGGGGAGGUGGUUGCUGGUCGUCCUGCCAGCCCUCCAUCCAACAGCGUGCCUAGGCCACCUUCGACGGCUGCGCCAGGAUCCGAGGAGGCCAAGGCGGAAGCAGCACUGGAAGCAGAUCGUCUCGCCAACGUAGAACGUCAAGAGGCGACCAGGUUGACUCCCGCCAGCGCAGGAGGUGUAGCUCUGGUGAUCGACUACGGUGGAGACUGCGCAUACGGUUCGUCCUUCCGUGCCUUCCAGAAUCACCAGCUGGUACCUGUCUUCACCAACCCCGGCGCGGUCGAUCUGACGGUCAAUGUUGAUUUCCUGCAUCUCAAGUCGGCCAUCCAGACUACGGACGCGAGGUACCUCGGCCCGCUCGACCAGGCGGACUUUUUGGUGGGCAUGGGACUGCAGAUGCGCACGGAGCGGUUGGUGCGCGGGAAGAACGGCGAGGAUGAGAAGCGCAUCAAGGACGCCGCGAACAGGCUGGUCGAUGAGACAGGCAUGGGGACGCAGUACAAGGUCAUGGCGGUUAGCGGGGUGCCCAUGGCGGAGGGCCAGGCUGGGCAGAAGGAGGAGAGGAAGGAUCCGGAUCUCUAUCCGUUCGAGUUUGACCAGUCGCCAUCGUCGUGA